CUGCACGCACACUGAACAUAGCGCUAAAUCUGUGCCUUCAUUCUCUUCGAUGGCCUGUAUAUUCAAUGUUAUUUUUUUAACAAGCUGAUAUGUCUGUAUGACGAUUUUGAUAUUGGCUGUAUAUACAUCACAGCUCAUUUAAAGAAACUGCUGAUCUCCUGGGAUUUUCACUCACAACAGACUCGAGAUUUGACACAGAAUGGUGCAGAAAACAUCCUGGGAGUGGAGGAUCUGCAGCCUGAAACUGAACAGGAGAAUGACCAGACUGGUUUAAGCUGACAAUCGUUGAUUCGAGGCUGCAGUGAGAGGAGUCUUGAACACAACCGGGAACAUGCACGAGCAUUAAACUGAACAUUAUCGCGGAAAUCCCCCUGGAUGGUGCAGACUGAGUUCAGCAGUCACAUUGUGACUUGGCCUGAGGGACAAGAAUCAUCCCCUGCAUCACUGUAUGAGCGCUGAGUAUCAUGGGAACAACGCUGUCAGUGUCACCAGGCUACCGUAAGGCAGCGCUGUGUGACGAGGCGGCACAGAACAGCAGGAACACCAAACGCUCAUCAGUCAUUGGCGUGUUUCCAUGGAAACGAAUUGUAGCUGUUUCGGCAAGACGGAAAGGGUCAAAGAAGCUCGAUGCAGGAGGAGGGAGUCAGGAGGAGAGCGCCGUUAGGGUUAGUGUAAGCCUCGAUGGCAACCUAAAUCUGAAGAAGUCUCAGUCCUAUGCUAACCUGUCAGUGUUUGCGCAAGAGGGAGGGCUAAAUGUUCCAAAUUCAAAAACCACCAGUGAUAUUGCUGUGAGCGCUGCCCUUGAGGAUCAGGAUCAGGAUGGCUCGGAAGGUUCCAGAUCAUCAAAGCGGAUCUUGGUACAGGCGUCAACAAGCGAGCUGCUGCGCAGUCUGGGUGAGUUUCUGUGCCGUCGGUGUUACCGACUCAAGCGUCUAUCACCAGGUGACCCUGCACUUUGGCUGCAUGCAGUGGACCGUGCCCUCUUGCUGCAGGGCUGGCAGGAACAGGCCUUUAUCUCGCCGCCAAGCAUGGUCUUUCUCUACAUGCUGUGCCGCGCAGUGGUUUCGGCGGAGGUGGGGAGUGAACGCGAGCUGCGCCUAGAACUGCUCACCUGCCUAUACUUGAGCUAUUCUUACAUGGGCAGUGAGAUCUCAUACCCACUAAAGCCCUUUCUAUUGCAACAGGACAAAGAUGCAUUCUGGGAUAGGUGUCUGCAGAUCAUCCACUGCACCAGUGCUAACAUGCUAAAGCUAAAUGCUGAUCCACGCUACUUCACACAGGUCUUCGCUGACCUGAAGAGUGAGAGUCAGAGAGGGGAAGGUGAGAGAGUACUUCUUGAUCGAUAAACACCAUUCUCUGCGUGCCUCUGUGUGUGUUUGUGUAUGAGGCUGAAGACACUCAAAUGUCUCUGAAGCUGCCAGUAUUAAUUAAUUCCACAUGCAUUUAUAGAGUAGUUUCUCAAAACACCUUCUUUCCUCAAACAUCUCGACACACAGGCACCUUUACAAAAAUACUUAGUGAAGUAUUAUUAUGGUUAUAAUCACUGAAACUGUGUUUUAACUGUGUUUUAUUUGACAAAUGUCACAUUUAAAACACUUUUAAAGUCCUUUUGUUAAUAAUUUAUUUGUAGUAUUAAUUAUUACAUGCUUACGGUCCUGAUCAGGCAAGUAUCAGUUUAUUCUUAUCUGAUCAGGACCUUAACCAUUUACUGUAUUAACGUAUUUUACAGUAUUUUAUUGCAUAAAUGAUAGUUUUAUAUUUUUAUACCAUUCAGGUGAACAGUGUUUAGUUCAUUGGUUAUUUAAAUAAAGUGUCAUUAAACUGUCAUUAUUUUGCACAAGUGUGUGUAUGUGUGUGUGUGUGUGUAUGUGUGUGUGUGUGUGCAAAGCUGUCAAAAU